ACCUUCUAACCUCUUACAAUGUUUUCUGAAAACGGUGUCACAUUAGAAGAAGCCUUGGACAUAUUGAGUGUUACGUAAGACUUUUAAAGCGUCCACAUCGUCUCUGCAUGAACAAUCUGCACGAGUUUUGCCAAGAUUCUCCCUCUUCGGCUACAACACAACUGAACUGCGCUCCACCCUGUCCCUCUCGACAUUGGCUUGAUGCUAGGUGCAGCUGCAGGCUCUGGUUACACCCUCUCCACCCUCUCACUGUCCCCGCUGCAGGACGGAGCACACAGCUGUGAGGUUCUGAUAAUAUUCACAUUCUUCCAUCAUUUGGUUUGGUCUUAGAAGAGCGAGCAGCUUCCACACUGAAGAGCAGAGAUUCGUCGCCAUGUCAUUACGGAGGCUUUGGAGCAACCCUAAAACUCUGGGGGAUGUCAAUGUUGUGACAGAGGAGCUGAAGAACCUUUAUUAUAAGAGGCUGAUGCCGAUUGAGAAAUACUACGCCUUCAGUCACUUUCAUUCCCCGUGCUACGAGGAUGCAGAGUUCGACAAUAAACCCAUGGUGUUGGUGAUGGGUCAGUACUCGACUGGAAAGACUACUUUCAUCAGGUAUCUCAUAGAACAAGAUUUCCUUGGCAGCAGAGUAGGACCAGAGCCAACCACGGACUGCUUCACUGCCCUCAUGCACGGCGAGGUGGAAGGCAUCAUCCCUGGAAAUGCCCUCACAGUGGACCCCAAAAAGCCCUUUCGCAACCUCGAUCCUUUUGGAAACGCUUUUCUGAACAGGUUUCAGUGCGUUCAGAUGCCAAAUAAAGUCCUGGAGAGCGUGAGCAUUAUCGACACGCCGGGCAUCUUAACUGCUGCGAGAAGAAAAAUGAGUCGAGGCUACGACUUCCCAGCAGUGCUGCGCUGGUUUGCAGAGCGUGUGGAUCGGAUCAUCCUGCUGUUUGAUGCACAUAAACUAGAGUUCUCCGAUGAGCUCACUCGGGCCUUCGGGGCGCUGUGCGGACACGAGGACAAGCUGCGUGUGGUUCUCAACAAGGCCGACAGGGUGGACUCGCAGCAGCUCAUGAGAGUGUACGGCUCCCUCAUGUGGUCGCUGGGGAAAGUGUUUAAAACCCCGGAGGUCAUGCGGGUUUAUAUCGGAUCUUUCUGGUCAGAGCCGAGGCAGGUGUGCGACCACUAUCAGCUGAUCGAGGUGGAGGAGGAGGACCUGCUGGCCGACAUCAGGAACCUGCCGCGCAAUGCUGCAGUACGCAAGCUGAAUGACCUGGUGAAGAGGGCGCGCUUAGUGAGGGUGAGAGAUCUCAUUAUUCCAUUUUAA